UUCACAUGGAUUCAUAUCUUGAAUGAUCCAAGUUAACGCUCAUUAUAUCCAUGAUAAGAAUGGGGUUUGCUUUGCCAGGGACCAAAUCGACAGUAUCCAUUGAAAGCUGUACGUGGAGGAUGAAGCGCAGGUAUCCAACGCUUUCACAAAUCUCUGCAGACAGCUGCUGUUGUAAUUCAUUGACAAUAUCAAUUAAUAUCAGAAGAUCUUUUAGAUUUUUCAUGAGCUCGGUAGAAGAUUUCUCCAGCAUUAUCAAUUAAUAUCUACAGCUUGUCAUUGGAGAAAUUCAAACAUUGUAUAGAAAGAAGAUUCUAUAUAUAGAAGUUGCAACCAUGCUGAGCUUCAAACCAAUUGCGAGCAGGUGUGAGCUGUUCUAUUCAAGUGGAGGAGAAAUUGAAAAGCUUGCGUUGGGGUUUCUGAAAUCAUUCCCUCCUCAUUUGCGGGCGGCUGAAGAACAGGGUGCAAGAGCAGGGCAUUCAAUUAAGCUCCAAGUUCCUGAAUAUCAAAAUGGAGGAGUCUCGUGGUUCACUAAAGGCACUUUGGAAAGGUUUGUUAGCACGCCUGAAGUUUUGGAGCUGUUCAACAAUGUGGCCACCGGUAUGUCACAACUGGAGGCUGCUCGAAACUUUCUCAACGACUGUUCACAAUAUUAAAAGAGAAUUGCUUGGCAGCUCAUGGAGCAAUGCAGUAGAUUUCGACAGCUCAAAGAAUACAUUGAUUAACUCAGCUGACCUCAGUUGCUUAAACAGUUCAGAUAGAAAACCAGGCUUAAGUGAUGAUGGCUGGUUUGAGGAACUAAGAGGGAAAUUUUAUAAAAGAUAUAUGGAGAAGGGAGAUGCAAAGCUUCAGGAGGAGUCAAUCAUGAAACGAGCUGAGGAAGAAAGGAAACUCAAAGCUAUGCAAGAAGCUCUUAAGCGUACAAAAGCUGAAAUGGUUACCUGGAAUGCAAAAUCCUUUUGAAAAGCAAGAUUCCAUCAUCCAGGCUAGAGUAAGAGCUGAAAAUUUGAGGCCUUACAAUACCCAAUCAUUGAAGAACAAGAAACAACUGUCAGGUGACACAGAUGCAGUUGAUACAUCAAAGAGAGAAUUUUUGAGAGCCAUAGAUGUGCGGCUUAUUGCUCUACAACAGGAAUCAAGCAUGGGUUUUGCUCGAGCUUUUGCCGUUGAUUUUGCAAUAGAGCAUAUGGCUGAUCUUAUUGUAUUUGCAGAUUGCCUAAAAGAUGCCAGUGCCAGCUUUAUGAUGCUCUGUCAAAAACAACAUGAUGUGUGCCAAUGGCGAAAUGAUGCAGAUAGCCUGUCGUCAGAUUCUGAUAUGUCCAUUGAAAAUGGUACAGAUACCCUGUCGUCAGAUUCUGAUAUGUCCAUUCAAAAUGGUACAGAGGGUGAGCUUAUGCUGGAUUUUUCAUCACAUUUAUUAGUGAAGAAAGGUGAGACACCCUAUGGCCACUGGACUGAUAGCCGACCUGCAGGUGGGAACUCUGUAGAUAAAAGUCAAACUUUAGCUUCUCUUGCUCAGCAAGGCAAUAAGUCAUUGCAUUCACGAGUACAAUCAGUAGACCGUUUUGACACCAUCUCUUAUGCUGGUCCAGAUAAAGGUGAACAAGCUGAAGUUGAUAGGAGCAGACUGAGGUCUUGUUCUCCGUGCAGGAGAUCCUCUUCCCCACCACAAAAAGUUCAAACAGGGAGAGUUGGACCAGGGGAGACAAGAAGUAGUAGAAAUGUCGAUGACCAGUGUUUUAGAGGCAGAUCUUUGAACACGGAAAGUAGUGAGAGUAAUGCUGAGAGUAAUGGUUGUGACAAGCAAGAAUCAGAGUCUAUUCAGAAAACUCAGCCAGGCAGAUGGCUGAGUGUUCAAGACCGCAUCAAUCUGUUUGAAAGCAAACUGAAGGAACAACAGAGAGAAUCAGGUGAAGCUAUAAAAAAAGUUGGUAAGGUGGAAAAUCGGAGGCUGUCAUCUGAAAGUGGCAAUUCCAUUUCUGCCACAGACGAGGCUGUUCUCAGGAAAUGGAGUGGAGCUAAUCAUAUGAGUGUCGAAAUACCUACUGCUCAACAAACUAAGAGUAGAAAUAAUUAAAAUGUUAA